AAAAAAUGGAGCAUUUAUAUAGGGGAAGAGAAUUUGAAGAUCAUGUUCCCAGAUCUUUAUAUAUUGAGCCUACAACAGAUGGACACUGUGGCACAAGUGUGGAGCCCUCAAGGUUGGGAUUUGAUCUUUAGGAGGGCUUUAAAUGACUGGGAGGUUGAUAGAGUAGCAGGAUUAUUACACACACUAAAUGCAUUUCCAGGUGUCACUGAAAGUCCUGAUACUCCAAUCUGGAAAAUGCACAAGAAAGGGAUUUUUUCUGUGAAGUCUUGUUACUGGAGCUUAAACUCUAAUCAGGCUAUGGAAAUGGAAUGGCCUUGGAAACUAAUUUGGAAAAUCAAGAUCCCUCACAAGGUUUCAGGUUUCACUUGGCUGGCAAUCAGGAAAGCAUGUCUAACCCAUGAAGUGAUACAAAGAAGAGGUAUACAGAUUUGCUCAAGGUGUUUCAUGUGUGGGGAAGAGGCAGAAGUUAAUAGUCACUUAUUCUUACACUGCAGAACAGCUGCAAAUCUGUGGAACAUGUUCUUAUGUAUACUUGGAGUUAACUGGGUAAUGCCCAAGACUACUUUAGAGUUGUUGAGACAGUGGGAAGGAGUGGGCAGAAGAAGAAGAUCCAAAGAGGACUGGUGGAAAUGCAUCCCAGCCUGCAUCUGGUGGACAUUGUGGAAGGAAAGAAAUGAAAGAUCACAUGAUGGGAAACUUAACAGCACUCAGAAAAUCAAGAUGAAUAGCUUGAGCCUGCUGUAUUUUUGGUGUAAACAGGAUUUGGUGGGGGAGGUAGAUAGCUUAGUGGAUUUUAAAGCUCAAUUGUAAAGUUUUGGCCAGUUUUUGGCUUUUGAAAUUACCCCCCGGGGGCUGUAAAUCCCACCUCAUCAGGCUUUGCUGAUGAGUUUUGAUGUGAAUAUAAAGUUACCUUAUCAAAAAAAAAUGGAGCAUUUAUAUCCUUC